AUGGACUACAGCAUGGAAGACACACAGAACUCGGCGCCCGACGCGCAGCAAGCUAGCAAGCUGAACCCCUCGGGUCAAAAAAGCGACACCCAGAGCGUGACCAAACGCCUGCAAGCCGAGCUCAUGCAACUCAUGCUCUCGCCCUCACCCGGCAUUUCCGCCUUCCCGGACGCAGACGGCAACCUUCUCUCGUGGACAGCAACCAUCACCGGUCCGACCGAGACCCCCUACGAGGGCCUCACACUGAAACUCUCCUUCGCGUUUCCCAACAACUACCCCUACUCUCCGCCAACAGUUUUGUUCAAGACUCCGAUCUACCACCCUAACGUCGACUUCUCAGGCCGCAUCUGCCUCGACAUCCUCAAGGACAAAUGGAGCGCCGUCUACAACGUAUCGAGCGUUUUGCUCAGCUUGCAGAGCUUGCUGGGUGAGCCUAACAACCCCUUGAAUGCCCAAGCAGCCGAGCUUUGGGACUCGGACCAGGCGGAGUUUAAGCGCCACGUCCUCGCCCGGCACCAAGACCUGGACGAUGAAUAG